AUGGUCAGAAGUAAAUGUACGUUCAGCGUUGGACAGCUUGACCAGAUGUUGCGAUAUCUGGCCAUAUAUUUGGAUAAUAGUCUUGACGACGGUCAACUGCAGUUCGUCACAGCUAGCAGCGUGAAGAAGCGUUUUGCAGUAUGUCGCUGUAUGGAAGAUAUUGAUCGCAUCGAUCUGCUCUUAAACGAUCAUUUUGCAUUCGACUGUGAAAUCGAGUGA